UAUUUAAACCACAGUCUGUAUCAGUGGAAACAACCGACUGAAACAGUGGCACUCAUCCUGUGGACUGCUGACUGAAUCUGAAUCUGAUCAUUCACCUCAGUCCCACUGAGUCCCUGAGGGUUGCCAUGACAAGCACAGAGCCAACUAACGGAGUUCAUAAUCGGAACAUCAAGGCCCGACAGUCAUCUGACAGCUCCAGCCCUGCUGUGAAUACGGUGGUGGAAGAAGAUGUGAGGCAGUGGCAAAGAUGUUCCGAGAAGAUAAAAAUGAAAGUCAUGGAGCAGGUCCAGGAUCAGCUCAGUGAAAUUCUAGACAGAGUUCUGACUGAGUCCAUCGAGUCCCUCUCCAACAGUCAGUCAACAAUUAAUGGAAAGACAAAAAAUAAAAACUCAUCCAGAUAUCAGAAAAUGGAUGAUGGCAAGGUGUUUGUGGCCAGGGCAUCGCUGCUGGAUGACCUGUUUGAGAUCAGCCACAUCAGGACGAUUUACCACAUGUUCAUAGCUGUACUCCUCAUCUUCUUUUUGAGCACACUAGCUGUUGACUACAUCGACCAGGGCAGGUUAGUUUUGGAGUUUGACCUGCUGUUCUACGCCUUUGGGAAGAUGGGGACGGUCACCAUAGCCUGGGCUGUCAUGUUUGUUUAUACCCUGGUCGUUCCCUAUUACACCCUGCUGUUUUGGGGUUCUUUGUAUCACAACGUCCCCUCCAAGUUGGGGCUGUCUCUGGGGACAGGGUUAAUCCUGUCUAUCAUACAGAACUGUAUACUUGGAUUGUUCCCAAUUUACGUCGUUGUGCACCACGAGCUGCCACCUGCAUCACGGUUCAUUGUGAUAAUGGAGCAGAUUCGAUUCCUGAUGAAAACCUAUUCAUUCUUAAGAGAAACAGCGCCUGUUAUUAUGAAGAAUGCACCAAAGGAAGGAGAAAGUCCCAGAUUCCCAACAUUUUCCAGCUAUUUGUACUUCCUCUUCUGUCCAACACUCAUUUACAGGGAAUCAUACCCUCGAAAUCACCACAUACGAUGGAAGUAUGUUGGUAUUACUCUUGGCAUGAUUUUGGGAUGCCUGUUUUACGGCUACUUCAUCCUGGUGCGUCUCUGUGUGCCUGUCUUCAGACCCCAGACCAACCAGCCUUUUAGUAAACGAACAAUGGUUUUGGCUAUUUUUCACUCUAUAUUACCAGGAAUAAUGCUCCUCCUGCUGUGUUUCUUUGCCUUCCUGCACUGCUGGCUGAACCUCUUCGGGGAGCUCCUGCGUUUUGCUGACAGAAUGUUCUAUAAGGACUGGUGGAACUCUACGUCUUUUGCUAACUAUUACCGUACCUGGAACGUAGUGGUUCAUGACUGGCUGUAUUACUAUGGAUACAGGGACUUCCUUUGGCUGUCAAAUAGGAAAUUCAGAACUGCUGCCAUGCUCUCAGUAUUCAUCGUCUCUGCUGUCGUCCAUGAGUAUGCUUUGGCCAUGGGGUUCGGUUUCUUCUACCCAGUCAUGUUCUUUCUCUUUGCAGUCUUUGGAGUGGCGUUUAACUUCACCAUGACUGACAAGCGACAGAGCCCUGUCUGCAAUGUCAUCAUGUGGGUGUGCCUCUUCAUCGGUCAGGGUGUCCAGGUCUGUCUGUACUGCCAGGAGUGGUACGCCCAGAUAUACUGCCCACGGACAGGGAAUAGUUUCUGGGAGCUGGUGUUGCCACGAUCCUGGUCCUGCAGCUACCAGAGAUGAGGCCAUCUUUCUCUUAGGCAAGAGGAAAAAAAUGAUGAAGGCUGGAAGUCUGAAAAUGAAGAUAGAGCUCUGCAAGCCAUGGUGAACUAAACAUGGAUGGGAGCAAGGUUUUCUGUUGUCAGUGUGUAAAAGAUUUUUUUGCAGUCAAGAUGUGAACAUCACUCUUGUGUUUAAGUUGUUAUUGAGGCAUGAUGCUAUGUCACUGAAUUGUUUCAGAUUUUCAUUUGUGCUGAUAGUAUUUUUUUUUUUAAUUAUUCAUUGAAAUGUGUUGUAAUAGAGCCUACAGAGCAUCAUACCAUCUGAUAACAACUGCACAUGAUACAACAUGGUAUUUCAGUGAGAUUUAGUCUUUUGGCCCAUAGGUGGAGCUAGCCCAGCUGUUUCUCUUUUUAUUUGAGAAGCUGGUCUGGGCAGAUAUACACUACCAGUCAAACAUUUGGACACACUCCAAAUGUUUGACUGAUACUGUACACUACUGGAGGAUAAAAAUAAGUACUGUAUGAUUUCUUACAACCCACACAAGAUAUUUAAUAGAUAACCCUAUCCUUUAAGCAUUAAAAAAUUAAGUAUUGCAAUAACAAGCCCUGACAAGCAACAAUUUUAUUGCAGAUGGAAUGUUUAGUGGCAUUUUAUAUCUACUGUACUCUUAUUAAACCCAGACAUGUUUACAAAAACAGUUUUAUUCUUGGUUUUAUUCGAUAUUUUUUAUAUGAGCUUUCUUUUUGUAGGAUUUGAACAGUGAGAGAAAAUUUUUAACAAGCUUUGCCACAGCCCGGGCACCUGGCCUGCAGUGUGUGCUGCGUGCUUAAUUCUGCCUUGGUUGACAUUCAGCUGGCAGGGAUUGGCUGAGAAAGCAGGUGUCUUAACCAACCAACCAACGACAGGCUGCACAGCAUCUUAUCAGUAUGCUCCAAAGCCUCUGUUUGCCUGCCUGCAACGUCAUACAGGAAGAAGAGGAUUACCAUUGGUACAGUGUUUGCAUAGUGAUGUAAUGCUCUGUAAAUUGAUAUACCAUAAUACCAAUGAAGCUCACGGAGGCAAAUGCAGAACAGA